UCGAGUGUGCUCUCUUUCUUUCUUUCCCCAUUUCCCAUUUCUCCAAAGAAGGACUGAUAUGAUUCUGGGAUGAUUCUGAUUGUUGAUCGACUAUUGCUGCUUUCCCCUGCCGCAAGGCUGGUAUAGUCGCUUUUAGAGAUUUCUUUUGGUCAGAGGAGAGAAUUUGUGACUUCUGCCACGGUGGAUUGAGAAAUAUUCCCUCAUACACACAAGCGUGUUCUAUACUACCGAUAACUAUGAUGAUCCUGAACGCCUGCUGGUGAGCAAGAUCUUGGAAUGGAUUGCACGGAUGUUGUUGGAUUCGGGAUGAUAAGGAUGUGCUAGCCAAACUCCCACCGUAUUUGUGCUGUUUUAUUACCAAGUCGUUCGAAGCAAUGGCGCUGUCAUCUAUGCCAUCAUGGAAAACAGUACUUGUGGUGUCUGUGACCCUGCGAAUUGCACUUCUGGUAUUCGGAGAGUGGCAAGAUCGUAACAUGAUUGUCAAGUUCACUGAUGUCGACUACCAUGUCUUCACAGACGCGGCACGACACAUCAGCGAAGGACGAUCCCCGUAUGAGCGGGCAACCUACCGCUAUACGCCGCUACUAGCCUAUUUGCUAACAUUGAAUCUGAGCAUUCACGCUUGCAUUGGAAAGCUGAUUUUUUCUGCAUUGGACUUGGCUGUUGGCUGGUUCAUCCGCUCAAUUGUCAAGCAGGGUGGUCACAGUGAGAGCGUAUCGGUGUUUAGUGCGUGUGUGUGGCUGUUCAAUCCACUGACACUUACAGUAUCAACACGUGGGAACGCCGAGUCGCUUCUCGCCAUUCUUGUACUGGCUAGCAUUUGGUUGCUGUAUAGACGAUGCACGGUUAGUGCUGGCGUGUUGCUGGGCGUUGCGGCGCACACAAAACUAUUCCCGAUGAUCUAUUCUCUGCCAAUGUUCCUACUCAUUGAUCAAGCGUAUGGAGCUAGUCCACUGGUUUCAUCGUGGAGUAGAAUGCCUGGUAUCAGGGGAGGUCUUUCCCGGUUCUUGCGACCGAGGCGUUUGCUAUUCGCCAUGUCUGCGGCUACUAGCUUUCUGCUGUUGUUCGUCUGGAUGUACUGGUGGUUUGGCGAUGCGUUUGUGCACGAGACCUACCUGUAUCACUUGACACGGCGCGACAAUCGUCACAACUUCUCCGUUUACUUUUACUCGCUCUACCUGAGCUGGCAGUCCAGCUUGUCAUCGUUGUUGUCUGUAGCCGCGUUCUUGCCCCAGGCUACGCUGCUGUUGGUCACGAGUGUGCUCCUGUAUCGCGACAUUGCACUGUGUUGCUUUGUGGAAACGUUCAUCUUCGUGACAUUCAACAAAGUGUGCACGUCGCAGUAUUUUAUCUGGUACUUAUGUCUACUACCAUUGAUCUUGCCGGCAUCAUGGCUUACUGUGAAGAAAGGCUGUGCUCUUGUAGCACUCUGGGGAGCCUCACAGGGUCUUUGGCUUGCCGCCGCCUAUUUCCUGGAGUUUGAAGGCUAUAACACGUUUCUGUUCAUUUGGAUGGCCUCGCUCAUUUUCUUCUGCUCUAAUGCGUUCAUCCUGGCGAUGGUGCUAGCCCAUCAUACGGUCACCCCUUCAUUUACAACACCAAGAGAAAAGAAUGACUGAGCCACUACCUUCAGUUCACCAAAGAGCACACAGUCAUGCUUAAUUGCUUAUCAUUAAUUUUUUUUAAUUAUACUACAUUCCGAGUACAGUAUAGCAGUUGAUAGAUGCGAUUUUGCCAAUUGAGCUACCAUGUAUCCUGGAAAUGUCCCUUGAUUUAAGUGACCAUGUGAUGUCGCUGCUCAUGGAGAUCUCCGUUUCAGCAUUGUUGCCUUGAAGGCUUGGGGCUGGCCCCCGCGACAUAAUCUGAUGAGUAGCAAUGGUUCGCAUCUGUUCCUAAGUGCUGUUCUCCUUUGCUGUUGCUCUAGCUCUUCCUUCUUUGUCCAAUUGCCGGUUACGCCAUCGUUACGCCAUCUUUCUGACAACACAACUUCUGAACGGGAUGCCCGGGCUGGCGUGGCUACUUGUACCUCAGACGAUAAGUGAGUGUUCCCAGGUCUGUCCUACAUUUGCCACUCGUCCUAGCGGCUAUGUUAUGUGCGACUAGUGUGUACUUCAAAGUAUUUUCAGCUCGGGGUGGGUUUAGCACAAAAUAGCUCCUUCUUUUAGCCACCAGCACCAUGGCAUCCCGCGCCAUGCAAAUCGUUUGUGGCUAUUGCCAUUUACCAGCCCCAUGCGCCACCUCAUGCUCAAUGGGCAAUUGUGAUACACUGUACUUGCAACUAAGUCUUACCCAUUCACAUGGCACCUCCAUUAUUGUUGACUGACACCAUAGAAGGAAGGCAAGGAAGAACAUGGCAUUGGAAUUGAAGUUGGUAAAGUCAUCCCUCUUUUCUCUCCCUGUAUCAGCGUAUGAAGCAGCACAUACAUACUCACAAUACAUACUCACAACACUGUGACUUGUUUACUCCUGAGCCUUCCCCUAUACUA